AUGCGUUUCCUGCAACUUACCUCGAUCGUUGGUCUUCUGAUGCAGACCCAGCAAACGCUCUGCUUCACGAACCCAAUCCGAGAGAAUGCUGCAGACCCUGAUAUCUUCUAUACCGAUGGCCACUAUCACAUGACUUACACAUCUGGCGACCGUAUCGAGAUCACCCGCGCCUCUGUCAUCGAAGAGCUCCGAAGGGGAGAGACCAAGGUCAUCUGGACGGACAGCAACGAGGGCAGGAACGAUGCCAUGUGGGCUCCCGAGAUCCACCGGGUCGACGGCGUGUGGUACAUGUUCUACUCCAGCCGCGCCAUGGACGACAAGAACAGCCUCCGAACCCGCGUCCUGCGCGGCUGCGACGGCCCUAACCCGUUUGACUGCGACUACAGCUUCCAGGCGGACCUUGUUCCUCCCCCGGGGAAGCGCGGGGGGAAGGACGGCAAUGACGCGUGGAGCAUCGACGGCUCCUACAUUGUCAUUCCCGGGAAGGGGCGAUUCCAUCUGGUCAGCAUGAAGGACAAGAACGGCGUGGCUGCCAUUGCCAUCGCCAAGCUGGACACGAGGAACUGGACCGUGGAUCAGUGGCAUGUCAUCUCCUCGCCCGACCAGGCAUGGGAAAAGAAGAUGGGCGGUGGGAAGUCUGGGCUGGGAAUUAACGAGGCACCUUUCCCACUCUACCAUGGCGACGACAUCUGGAUCACCUUUUCUGCCUCGCACUGCAAGGACGCCGGGUAUUCUCUCGGCCUGCUCAAAUAUAACGGUGGCGAUCCUCUCCAGAAAUCCUCCUGGGACAAGUCGGGACCUGUCGUCUCUGCUGCCGGUGGAAACUAUGGCGUCGGUCAUAAUGCAUUCUUCCCCUCGCCCGACGGAAAGCAAGUUUGGAAUCUCUUCCAUGCCACUAAAAAGUCGGAAGGAAGCUGCGGUUCCGACCGCUUCGCGAUGAUCCAGCAGGUCAUCUUCGAUAAGGACAGCAACCCCAGCUUUGACCAGCCCAGAGCACUUGAUGCUGAGAUGGCUCCCCCGAGUGGACAGUAG